UCCAACGUGUCACCAGUUUUGGUGGAUUACCCCAGAUGAUAUCUUCACCUUCAGGAGGGUGACACACCACUCCUCUCUCUCAACUGCUGCCCUCGCGGUGUCCAGCUGCCAACAAGGACCUUUGACAAUAUUUGGAAAACUUGUGGCUUCCAAGGAACAACUCAGGGGGAAAGGAUUUGAAGAUUUUUUUAUUAGUUUUGUUUUGUUUUUUACGCACGUCGAGCACAAACAUGCAUUUAUUUACUUUUGGGCCGCGGACGACGCAGUCUUUUUCAUUCCCAUCGUUUCUGUUUUUGGCACCCUUGCUACUGAAGGGUCUCUGCGUCAGUGGCUCCCCGGGCUGCGCGUCGUGCGGCUUACCGUCAAUGGAGAGAGACGCGGAGGAAAGGCUGAUGACAGAAAUCGCCAAGCAGCAAAUUUUGGAGAAGCUGCACCUGAAAGAGAGACCAAACAUAACUCACACGGUACCCCGGGCGGCGCUCCUCACUGCGCUGCGCAAACUGCACUCGGGGCGCGUCAGACAGGAUGGCACUCUUGAACUAGACAACAAUAUACCUACCAAAGAUAAAGGCUAUGAAAUAGUGAGCUUUGCAGAUAUAAGGGAGACAGGGAGUGGAGAUGAGGCCAGCCUCAGCCUUACCUUCCAGUUUCUGCAGGAACGUGGUCAGAGCAUCCAGGUCCUUCAGUCCUCUCUGUGGAUCUACGCCCGCUCCUCUGAGAACCCUUACCGGGACUCCCGCCUGCCCGCCAGAGUCUUCCUUUCCGUAGAUGGUGGGGUGUCCGGCACUGACCGCACCCUGGUGAUAGAAAAGAUGUUGGAGGUCCAGGAGAGUAACUGGCACACCUUUCCCAUCACCCGGACCCUGCAGGCAUUCCUCGACGGUGACCACCACCAGCUACGGCUGGAGGUAAGCUGUGAUGAAGAUGGGAAGAACCUUUGUUCCCUAGAUGGCUCUGCUGACAACCCCUACCAGCCCUUCCUGGUGGCCCAGGUGCGUCCCCGUGACGACAACCCCAGACACUCACUCAGGAAGCGCUCGUUGCGUUGUGGUGAUGAUGUAACCGUGUGCUGCAAGAGGGACUUCUACAUCAAGUUCAAGGAUAUACAGUGGGAUGAGUGGAUCAUUGCACCCGAAGGCUACCAUAUGAACUACUGCAUAGGUCAGUGCCCCCAACAUCUGUCUGGUUCCCCAGGAAUAGCGUCCUCGUUCCAUGCCACUGUCUUCAGCCAGCUGAAAAUCAACGGCAUCAACACAGCUACAACUUCAUGUUGUGUUCCCACUGGGCGCCGGCCACUCUCCAUGGUCUUCUUUGACUCUCAGCACAGCAUUGUCAAAAUGGAUGUUCCUGAUAUGAUAGUGGAGUCCUGUGGAUGUACAUAAAGGACAGAGUAUGAAAGACACGCAGCGUCAUACAGUAGAUUUGGUUUUGUGUGUAUCGUAGACAGACAGACUCACAGAAAGACACAGACACGCAUGAACAGAGGAGCUUUGGACAACCAGCAUUUAUGUUACUUUUCCGCACAAGACAGGUAACUCAUUUUGAGAUAACAUCUGAUGAAGAUGGCUAAAAAUGAAAAAUGUCCAUCAUAAAAAGGCAGAUUCUAGGAAAUAUAGACACUAAAAGUUUCAUUUCAAAAAACCCCCCAAGAAAAAUAAUUUUUUUUACUUUUGAUGUUUUUAUUAGAACUAUUUUGAAAAGAAAGAAGGAACAAAUUUGCUUUGACCCAAAUUAGACACACAGGUGUGUUGAAAUAGACAUGCAAUUUUUGCAGUUUACACACACAUAAAAGAUCACUAUAAUGUCACAAUUACAUUAGGGACAUAAUAAGCACAAAGAAAAAGAGUAUAUUGUAGGAUAAGCUACUAGCAGGACACUCAGGCAGAAGUUUAACCAAUUCCAAGACUUAAACUGCUUGAUUUUUUAAUUACAUUUCAAGAAAUCAUUACUCAUCUACAAUGUUCAUGUAAUUUGAAAGUCUGGUAAUAUGCAGUAUGUAAAGAGCAGGCUGCAGAGAAAAAAUCUCAUCCUUUCAGUUUUAAAGACUAAGCAACACAUCCUAGAACCAAAUGAGUGAAUGAGUAAAUAAGUUUAUACACUAACACACUAAGUCUGAAUGCAGAACCAUUUCUUCAUCCAUAUGUCAGAGGCAUAAAUUAAACAGAGAAUAAACUAAGCAACACUAACAUAUGGCAGACUCAACAUAGAUAAGAAAGGUGUGAUAUAAAAGUAAAACAUUUUAUAGUGGUAACAAGUAGAUCAGGCCAGGGCUGAUUGACGUCCCACUUACAUUAAAGAAAUUGUUUAUGGAGGUCACACCAUACACAAAGAGAUAAAUAUGAUGCCUUUACUGCAGUGGAAAUCUUUUUUUUUCAUUUUGUAAUAUGUAGUUUAUUUAUUUUGUGUUCCACAAUUUCUGCAGGGAUUCAGUUCAGUUCAGUUUAUGGAUCUCAGGAAAUUGUGAGUAGAAGUGAAACCACUUUUUAACUCUUUCAAGACAUAUUAGCUAUGUUUCCAGUAUGUUUCAUGUUAUAUUCACAGUGUCCAGAUGCAAUAUAUAGAAUCUAAAUGCUUUAUUUUACAGAACUGUUGUAAUUUUAUAGCAAAUCUGCCACUUUCUUGAGCACCUUAAUUGCUGCCAUUUUAAACCAAGACUUUUAAAACAAUGAAAGAGAUGCUUGAUUUAAAGUGUGCCUUCUUCUUUAACUCGUGAUGACAAAGUGCAACUUGGACAUUGAGUAUCCAGUCAUUUUGGCUAAAAGAAGUCUAAAUGCUAAAGAGUAUCAAUUUAUACUUGAACUUCAGUUUAAGUGUAUCACUUUUUUCCAGUAAUGACUAAUGGGCUUUUUAUGUGGACCUGUGCCACCAUGCUCAUAUGGAAAACUACUGGUACCCCGAUCGUUUUACUUUUUCUUAUAUGACACUCAAAAAAACCUUUUCAUCAUGUUGUGAAGUUGUGAUGAGAGGUAGUCGUACACAGUGCAAGAAAACACUGAAACGGAACUUAACCAGUUUGAACUGGUAAAAUCUGCUUGAUCUCUGCAGUCGAUGCUGCAUGCAGGUUGAAGUAUGGUUAAUCAGCGUCUUCACUGUAUUAUUUACACAAGUCGGAUAAUCGGUUGGGUAACUGUGACUCUGACAGCAUUUGAACCCAGGGUUAUUUUUCAGCAGCGUGAGCAAACAUUUAGCUAUUGCUUCAGUGUCACGUAAUGUGAAGGUCUGUGAGGCAUUUGGGCCAAUGAGCAUGUGCCGUUGCACAUUGGCAUUUAUAUCUCUCAAAGUCUAAAGUUUUCUGGGAUUAUGUAAAAUUAGAAGCUUUCCAGCUAAAGGUAAUCUGUUAAUCAUUUUGGGGGGGGUGGUGGGUUGAAAAUAUCUUUUGUAUAUGGCACAAUCUAUAGUGGUAUAAUUUAUAAUUUAUAACUUAAUACAUAGUACAUAGUACAAUAAUUUAUUGUAUAUCAACUAAAGUGUUACACUGCUUGCACCAAAUGCAUCUAUAGUAAAGAUUUAAAGACCCAGGCCUUUUCUACUUCUCGCCUAUGUAUGCACUAAGCAGUAUAAAAGUCAAAGAUCUUUUCUGUCUUCUGAAUGAUGUUUCACGGCUUUGUCCUUACUGUAUUGGUAAACUGUACGGCUUAAGGACCUGUAUUGUCCUGCCGUGAUACACAGGAAAUAUUUUCAGUUAGUUGGGGCAUUUUGCACAAAGAUUAUUAAAUUAAAUUAAAUUAAAUUUUUGUCUGAAUAGUCCACAAACUUGUUUUAUCUCUCUCUGUUGCCUCUAAAAGCUUCACUUGUAUUAAUGCUUUAUAGUUCAAACUUGUGUAAAAUUUCACACACUUUUUUCGAGUUUAUUGUUUGUUUUAUCUUGUAAGCAUCUCCUGUCCCAGGGCUCAAUGUGACAUUGAGGUGCUAUUGUAACAUAACUUACUAAGCACUUUAUCACCCUACUGUAUUUUUAGAACAAAUUAUGUAAAUAGGCCCAGAGAGAGCAAAUAUCAAUCAGCUUAUUCUCUUAAACUCUAGUUGUGUUUAUAUGUGUGUGAUAUUGUAUACACUUGCAGAGCACACAGAUGAUGCCGCAAUUUCUGUAUACUGUAACUGAUGGAAAUGGAGCCAGGAUUUGACUUCUGUUUCAAUUAAAAGUUAUAAUUAUUGUCUUCAUUUUUUAUAUCAUACUAUAUUUUAUGUAUAAUGAAUUAUUUGUAUAGCAAUUAAAUGUAAGACGUGUCUC